UUCAAAGAAUCGCCAUUGCACGAAUGCAAUCAGUUACGGCCUAUAUCAUUGACUAACAUCAUAAUGAGAAUCUUCGAAAGGCUGGUCUGCAAACAAGAAGUGUCAUCUGCUCUGAACUCACAAAUACGAUCUGAUCAGUUUGCCUAUAAGCAAUGCCACAAUACCACCAUGGCCUUGCUUAAGUGUCAGCACUAUUGGCUAAACUGGUUAGACACGGACGUUGACUUUGUCAGAGUAUUUUCUUUUGAUUUUAGCAAGGCCUUCGACUCUGUUUCCCAUGAGAUAGUAUGCAGAAAGCUAAAGUGCUAUGACAUUAAUCCUUAUGUCAUUAACUGGAUUGUUAGCUUUUUGGGUAACCGUAAAAAGGGUGGUGGUGGAUGGAGUGUCAACGAAGUUUGUCGAGAUCGACAGAGGUGUUCCUCAAACGACAUUAUCCCGGUCAACCCUAGUAAGAUACUCUUGGUUAAGUACGCCGAUGACAUCACGCUGAGCAUUUCUCAACGACAUAACUCUGCUGAUUUAUCUUCAGUUGAAGUUCAGAAUAUCAAGAAUUGGUCAAAGGAAAAUCGGAUGACGCUAAAUCUCUCCAAAACAUGGGAAAUGGUAGUCAGGGGGAGGACAAAGAAGCCCAUUCCAGAACCUGAACCAGACAUAAGUAGGAAAGAGGAACUUAAAUUACUAGGCGUGACGUUCAAUGAACAACCAUGUAAUUGGGACACUCAUUUUGAACAAAUGAUUUCUAAGGCCAGCAGUAGGUUAUACAUUUUAAGAGUUUGUAAAUUUUACGGAUACACCAUGCAAAAACUCACUCUUUUGUUUGACAGUCUCAUUAUGUCCCUGUUCUAUUAUACUAUUGAAGUCUGGGCCUGUGCAUACGACAGCAAGUAUUUAUUGCAAGUCGAUCGUUUUUGUAAGCGUGCUGCUAGAUACGAGUACACAACCAGUUACACACCAAUUGCAAAAAUAAUCAGAGAUAGGGACGUCAAACUAUGGGAGAGGAUAACAUCAGAUGACAACCACUGCCUGAGUUGCAUGCUGCCGAAACGGAAAACCCGCAGCCUGAGGAAAAGGGGGCAUGAUUUUAUCUUGCCGCAAGUAAAGACUGAGCGUUUCAAACGCUGUUUUGUAAAUAGAUGUCUUUUUAACCUUAUUUAGUAGAGAAGUAUAUAAGUAGUUAAUGGUUUGUAACCCGCCACGUCUGUCUGUCGGGAUUAUUUUUAAUAAAGAUAUUAUUAUUAUUA